AUGGAGUCAGCAUUAUUAUUAAGUGACACAACUUUGGCUGAUAAAAUAAAAAAGGAAACUCUACUAAAGGAAAAUAUAAAAAGUCGUAGCAAGUCUACUGCUUCCUCUUCAUCUGAUGGUGGUGAUAUUGAAAUUGGUGAUCGACUUAUUGUGGCAGGACAGAGAAAAGGAACUGUACGAUUCUCUGGAGAGACACAGUUUGCAUUAGGAUGGUGGUAUGGAGUAGAACUUGAUCGCCCUGUGGGCAAGAAUGAUGGGUCUGUCAAUGGGAUCCGUUACUUCACAUGUAAGUCAAAAUAUGGGGUGUUUGCACCACCCUCAAGAGUUCAGAAACUUGGAGAGAAGAAAUUUAGCUCAUCUGAAUCUUUGGAUACAAUUAAUUGGGGGGCUGUUUCAGAAAAAAAUGAGAAGCGGUCAUCAAGUAGUAGUAGUAGUAGUAGAAUACGAACUCCAACAAAACAGAUGAAAAAUGCAAGCCCCAAAAUUGCUCGUGUUCCGGGUGCUAGUUCUGACCUUAAGCUAGAAGUAGGAAUGGGAGUUUUUUGUAAUAAUGAGUUAGGUGUUAUUCGAUACAUUGGAUCAACAGAUUUUGCUGAUGGAAUUUGGAUUGGAGUUGAACUUCGAACUGCAAAAGGGAAGAAUGAUGGCAGUGUGAUGGACAAGCGUUACUUUUUAUGCAAGCCAAACCAUGGUUUAUUGGUGCGACCAAGUAAAAUCACUGUACGAGGAAUAAAUGGGGCCAAACUUAUGGGUGACACCUUAUCAGAGAAAGAAAACAGCAUUAAUGGGGAUGUAAAGGAAAAAUAA